AUUUCGCUCUCGUCGCUUGCUGCGAGUGUUUCGUUUCCUCCGAUCAAAGAAUAUUUUGUAGUUUUUCCACCGAAUGCAGGCUCAAUUGCUGCGCAAAAACACAAAAAAAAACUAGCGACCAAGGGUCCCAAAAGUUAAAAAAGCUCCAAAAACACCGGAAAGUGUCGUUUUGCAUCGGUGAACAGCAAAAGGACAAGCGCCGCAGCAAAGUGAAAAAAAACGUAGGGAGUUCUGGAGUGAAUGGGAGUGAGAGGGAAGGAGCGCCAUCGCGGUGGUGGGUGUACGUGCGCGAGUAUUGGUGCUGUGUCCAUAUCCGUGUUAUCGCCAGCAGCAUUAAACUGCUCCAAUUCGUGGCGCACGCGCAGGAUAACUCGCGCUCUCUUGCUCUCUUUCUCGACUUAGAAGAGGAACAGGAUAUUUUAUUAUACUGAAAUUCGUACGCAGCAAAUUCGCAUAGUUGCGAAAGCUUCGCGCUGCCACACGGACGCAUUCCGCUACGGGCUCCCCGCACACCCACACACUCUCACACCCGCCCGCCGCGAACCCACACACACGCGCCCGCAAGCACCCUCGCGCACAGAUCAAUGAAAAGCCAAAAAAGUAAAUUGCACUUUUUCCGGGAACCAAAAACAUGUUGAAAUUAUCUCACAAGUUGCGCAAAAAAUGCCGCAGCAAAAAAGUUGCAUGGAAAGCCGUGAAAGCGACGAAACUGUGAAACGAAACGAAAGGCAACGAAUGACGGCGGAGAAAGGAGCAAAGAGAGGCUGCAAGGAUGUACUGCUUCUCGGAAUCGCAAGCCAUUGACCACCGAACCAGCGAUACGUCUCUAACAACAAAAAACCCGCACCUAGCCAAUUGCAUUUCGCAUUUUGCAUUUUGCAUUCUCACUGCCCCCGGAAGUAAAAGCAGCUUCAGCGGAAAUUAAAACAAAUCGAAGCUGAAAUAAAAGCCAGAGCUAGCGAGCGAACGAGAUAGAAAUAGAUAGAGAGGAAGAGAGAUAAAGAGAAAGAGAGAGCUACCAGAGAGAGCAAGUGCAUCCUUUUCACAACGCGGCACACAUUCACGACCGGUGACUGCAACUAGCCCACUCCCACACCUCCGCCCCCCUUCACCCCGGCCCCAGUUGUCCCUUGCAAUUUGUGAUCUCAUGUUUUCAUAACUUGGGCAGCAGCCGUUGGCACGGAUUAGACGGAAAACGUCAAGCGUCAGGACGUGAGGAGGUGUACCCAGUUCCAAAGUGCAGGAACACUCCACUCGCAACGAAACCGGAACUGGCAUUUUUAUAUCGCAUUUUUGUAAGGAACCAAGAGGAACGUGUUCAGCAUUGACCAAAUGCCAUCGCUAGCAGCUCUAGUUGGACGAGCAAGCAAAUACGGCAAUUAACAGAAGUUGCCUUCAAACGAAACCCCACCCAAGGCGAAGGAAGAGGAAGGACAGGAACGAAGGACGAUAUUCCCAAUCGGAUCCCCACUAAUAAAUGCAGUGGAAGAAGAAGUUUACUCGAUUGAAAGCAGCUACUGGAAAUUCGCGUGUGCGAAGAAUGCUUUGUUGUGGACGCAGAAAGGAGAAUGGAAGAUCAGUUCCUGAUGUCACCGCAAGCCCGGGUCGGGCCCCGCCCGGACCGCUGCCCGCCAACCAGCUGCCUUCGAUGGGCAACCAGCAGCACCAUGGCAACCAGCAACAUCAUGGAAACCAGCAGCAACACCAUGGCAAUCAGCACGGCAACCAUCGAGGUCAGAGCGGAAGUCUGUCGAACGCCGCCGGGGUCAAGGACCCGGUGAUGCUCCAGGGCGAUUUCCGGAAAGUCAGCGGCAUCAGCUCGGAGAUCUUCCGGCAGAUAGAGGCCGUCGAGAAUGACCACGACCCAAACACGGCCGCGGCCUUGGAGGCGGUGGAGCGGCGCGGUGAGAUGAUCGUGCGCGUCCUGGAGCCACGUUGCAUGGGCAGCAAACAGGCGGUGGACGCAGCCCACAAGCUGAUGAACAAGGCGGACGCACGGCACACCGUGCAGCUGGUGGAGAUUGUCAAGCGGCCGGGUCAGACGCUGGGCUUGUACAUCCGCGAGGGAAAUGGAGCCGACCGCACCGAUGGCGUGUUCAUCUCGCGGAUUGCCCUGGAGUCGGCUGUCUACAACAGCGGCUGCUUGCGGGUGGGCGAUGAAAUCCUUGCGGUGAAUCUGGUGGACGUGACCCACAUGUCCCUGGACGAUGUCGUCAUUAUUAUGUCAAUUCCGCGCCGCUUGGUGCUGGCGAUACGUCAGCGGCGAGGCAACAGAGGCACAGGAUCUCCUGGACCGCCGACGCUCUCCCGACCAGAACAGAAGCCCCCACCGGUUGUGGUCAUCAAGCGAGAUUUGCGGGACGAGGAUCUGGACGAGACGGACCGGAUGCCGAGGCCGCGCUCAUCACGUGACAGACGUACAGGAGACGGUCGCGAGAUGACGGAAUCUCGAUCUCGGCUAGGUCUGGGCCUCAACAAUUACAGUCCGCAGUCCGAGCAGCUGGACAUGUACUACAAUACCCGCGGCGGAGGUGGUGGACCCAUGGGCGAGCCGCCCAACUGGGGCUAUAAGCCACCACCGCCACCGUCAUCCGUGAUUACGGAGCAACCCACAAAGGCACAUGCUUUUGCGCCGUCGCAUGCCUACUACCAAAAUGCGGGCACUCUUGAAAGCCUCGCGGAGAAGGUACAUGCAUUCUAUCCUGGACAGCCUGGUGCUCCGCCCGUGGGUCCCUCGAGAAGAAUGUCCACGGGCACUGGGAACGUUGGCCUCGCUCAGCAACAUGCCAGAUUUCCGCGGUCUGGCUCAGAUCAGCAUUUACCUCGCGUAGAAUAUGCGGACUAUUCCAAUUCCCUGGGACGCCAUUCCCUUCUACGAUCAAGCUUAAAACCUGGAACGGCCGGUGGAGCUCCCAUGCAGGUGGGAGUGGGAGGCACUCUUGGCCGGUACGGGCGCUAUGAUCAACAGAGAGCCGGUGUAUCCAAGUACGGCCCUCCAUCUGGCGGAGCUCAAUCGCUGACCCGUCGUUCCAGACCAAAUUUGGACUAUUCCAGCGAUACGGAAGCCACAAUUGGGCCCAGGCCAAGUUACUACUACUACAACAGACCUGCCAUCGGCAGCAUGUCAAGGGGAUCAGGUGGAGCAGGCGGAGUUGGCGCAGCAUCAACGGCAGCCUUGCUGGCCGGAGCUGCGGAUCUCAAUAAAUUCAACUCAUUGCCCCGAGAGCGUCCCGGCACGAGAUUGCAGGGCAUUCGCUCCAGAAUGGGAGAUCGUUUGGUGGACGAGAAUGACGGUAAUACCUCGGCACCCGAGUUCGAUGCACGGAGGGGUAGGGAUUUGCGUCAGCGAAUUACCGCCAGUCCGUCGAUAUUCACGGCGGAUGAGUACCGCGCCUGGCUCAGAAGGGCACCUAGCAGUUCAGCAAUUGCGGAGCAAAUGCGAAUGACGCGGGACAUGUUUGCCCAGCCACGGGCCCAAAGAUUCUCAUGUAGCGCUGAGAACAUCCACGAUGCACUGCGAAAUACGGAAAGCAUCUACUCCAGUAGAACCCAUAUCCUUGGCACGGGCACUCUCGAUCGGAACAUGGGUCUCACCCGACCAAUUUCUGCGCUACCGGUCCGCUCCAUGUCCUCGCAGCACAUUGGAGGAGCGGGCUCCAUUCGUUCGCCGAGCAUACGGCGCAUGCGGCAGUUACUGGAGCUCUCCGCAGGUCCCGCCAGCCCGAGCGGCAGCAUUCUGAGCACCGGUGGUCACCAGAGUCCAGCACCAACACCAAGUGCCACCUUGCCACGCCCACACCGCCAGAUCGACAUUAACCCGGCGGAGUUCGCCAAGUACAAGCUGGAUAAGCCCAUCGUUGAUAUUGGAGGGAUCUCCGGCAUGUUAUGGAUUCACUUGCUGGCAGGUCGCGGCCUUAGAACCGCUCCAGAGGGAGCAGCAGGGGCGGCGCCACAGGGCCAAACCAGAGAUCUGUACUGCGUAAUCGAGUGCGAUCGCGUACAUAAGGCACGGACGGUGGUGCGAUCGGGUGACCUGCAGUUCGACUGGGACGAGUCGUUCGAGCUUGACUUGGUGGGCAACAAACAGUUGGAUGUACUAGUCUACUCAUGGGAUCCGCAGCACAGACACAAGCUGUGCUACCGAGGCGCCAUUUCGCUGUCGUCAAUCCUCCGUCAGUCGCCACUGCAUCAACUGGCCUUGAAGGUUGAGCCAAGGGGGACGAUAUACAUUCGCAUGCGGCACACGGAUCCACUGGCUCUUUACAAGAGGAGGGGACUUCCGAGCCUGAGGGCAGGUUACCCCACGCUCUUCGGCGCUGAUCUGGAAACGGUGGUCAAUCGGGAGUCUAAGAAUGCUCCCGGAAGUGCACCCGUUCCCAUCGUAUUGAGGCGCUGUGUGGAGGAGGUGGAGCGCCGUGGUCUGGAUAUAAUCGGGUUGUACCGACUGUGCGGCUCGGCUACCAAGAAGCGAUUGCUACGCGAGGCCUUCGAGCGCAAUAGCCGUGCAGUGGAAUUGACCCCGGAACAUGUUCCUGACAUCAACGUCAUCACCGGCGUCCUCAAGGAUUACCUCAGGGAACUGCCCGAGCCGCUGUUCACGCGCUGUCUUUUCCAGAUGACGGUGGAUGCCUUAGCUGUCUGCCUACCAGAUGACCCGGAGGGCAAUGCGAAACUGAUGCUUAGCAUUCUCGACUGCCUGCCGCGGGCAAACAGGGCCACCCUGGUAUUCCUCCUUGAUCACCUCUCGCUGGUCGUUUCAAACUCGGAGCGGAACAAGAUGUCCGCCCAGGCGUUGGCCACCGUGAUGGGCCCACCGCUGAUGCUGCAUUCGGCGAGUGCGCAGCCGGGUGCUGAUAUCGAUCACGCUCAGCCGAUCGCGGUGCUUAAGUAUCUGCUGCAGAUCUGGCCGCAGCCGCAGGCGCAGCAUCAGCAGAUGGCGCAGCACAUGGGCGGCGCUGCGGGCGCGAUGAUGGGCGGCUUGGUCACCGCCGGGAGCAUGAGCAAUAUGGCCGGUGUUGCUUCAGGUCGGCGCGGCGAGUCAACAGGGCAGCGUGGAAGCAAAGUCAGUGCGUUGCCAGCGGACAGACAGCAACUUCUACUGCAGCAGCAGGCGCAGCUCAUGGCGGCGGGCAAUCUUCUGCGCUCGUCCACUUCGGUAACCAACAUACUCUCCCAAGGCCAUCCUCAGCUCUCAGCCACAGCCAACAAUCAUCUGUAUCAAUCAGUAGUGGGUCAGUUAGCUCAAUCGCAUCGAGCCUUGCAACAAGCGGUGCAACAGCCCUAUCAAUUGGGGGCCUCAGUGGGCUCAGCAAUUCCCGACCCAUCGCCACUGCCACUUCCAGGCACACCCUCCCCCGGCAGUAGCUCAGCGUCGACGGGUUCGGGCUCGGGCUCGGGCUCCGGAUCGGGUAAAAGCACGGAUACCAUCAAGCGCGGUGCUUCGCCUGUAUCCGUUAAGCAAGUCAAGAUCGUCGACCAGCCAUCCAGUCCAUACUCCAUUGUGAUGAAGAAGCCGCCGCUGCAAAAAGAUGCGCCCGUGGAAAUCACCACACCCACCACGCAGGCGGAUGCAGAGUCGACCCUGGGAAGCAAAGAUAGCAAUGGAACAUCGUCUCGAAGGGGGAAUGUGGACUUUUAUGAUACGCAUAAAGCGCAGGCCAAGAGUUUUGCGAACGAAGAACCCAGCUACAGCUCCAAGUACAGCGCCUUGGAAACUAAGAAGAUCAGCCUUGGCAACAGUACCUACACGCCCAGCAAGGCGAAUGCCAGUGGCCUUUCCGCCGGCGAGGACUACAAAGCGAUGCGUAACAAGUCGAGCGCUACUUCCAGCUCCAGUUCAUCGCAGGCCACCGUUUUGAGUGCUGGUUCUACGGCCACGUCAGCCCCGACCACUUCUUCGGACGAUUCGGAUGAUCUGGUCUCCUACAAGUCAUCGGCGUCCACAAAUGCCUUGCUGGCCCAAUCGCAAGCCAUGACCACCAGUCAGCUGAUGUCCAAGUAUCUCAAGCGGGAGCCACGAGUACAGUUUACGCCAAUGAAGUCACCGGAAUCGCCCUCGCCACCGGGUAGCGGCGAUGGUCUGCCCAAGGGCACUUACCAACUGGUUACGCCUAUCUCGGGACCGUCGAGCAAACCGGGCGCCACAACUGGAGCUAUAAGCAAGUACACCACCGGCUCAGUGGAUUCAUCUACAAGUGCGAACAGCCAGAAGUUGUCAUCGCCCUCGCGAUUGUCCAACAGCAAGGAUAGCAAUAGCAGGACUGGAACGGCCAGCAGUACGACAGCCGCGACCUCUUUGGUUUCGACAGGUCGGCGUUUGUUCGACAGCCUCGCCUCUUCAUCGUCCUCGGAAACGGAGACCAAGACCUACAUAGGCGGCACCACUGCGGCCAGUGGGGCCGUCACCACCACCACCUACACCAACGACACCAAGAACUCCGGCACCAGUAGCAGUAAGUCGGGAAUAGGAGGGGGGUCUGGAGCUGGGUUUGGAGCGGUUUCGGGAGCAGGCUCCGAGCAUCGAAGCUUCGGCAGUACGCUAUUCGGCAGUAGUGGCUUAGGCAACGGCAAUGGCAGCAACCACAAUCACUCUAACGCCAGUCCAAGUCCCUUCACCACCACCAACGGCAACGGCAACCACAACACCAUGCAUCUGUAUGGCACCUUGCCCAAAAACGGAACCUCCACGGGGGCAGCUUUGUUCGGCGGCUCGGCCAACAGCUCCUCGUACCACUCCUCGGCGAGUGGCAGUGGAGCCGGAACCGCCAGCAGCAGUGGGGUCAGCUCUAUGACGGGCUCCACAAAUAGCUACGACUUCUACACGAGCACAAGCUCCAGUGUGAGCAGUUCGCGCCCCUUUGCCAACGGAGGCAACAACUACCACACUCUGGGAACCUAUAGGGCUCAGUACGCCGCCACUAAUCCCUUCCUGGACGCCUUCGACGAAAAGCCGGGCAGCAACGGGGGUAAUAGCCACGGGGAGGAGAAGCUAGGCGCGGACAAGGGCCACCACAGGGCGGCCGUAAUGGCCUUUCAGUCGUCAGGAGACUCGAAAAACGGUAGCGAUGAGUACGAUGACAUCAAGUGAGGCAGGCAAAAGGCUAUAGAUGCGGUUAGAAGAAAGGAAUACAGAUACAACUACGAUUAUACGCGUACAAAUGGUGAAAGUAAAGAAAUCUAAAAGCUAGUCUUCCUGGUUUAACCCUUCUUGCUCUCUUUUUGCACCUUUGCGAUCUGCGAUCUGCGAAAAUAGUUCGCAUAUACCAAAUACUUUUGGGCAACGAUAUACGAUCAACUGCUCUGGUUUAAACUUUUUCAUUCCAUUCUACGAGUUUGAUCGGCAAGCAUCAAUACAUUCAUUCCCUUCGCCAUUGCAUUGCGCGUCUAAUCGUAGUUACGUAACAAAACUAAUGCCACACAAUGCUGAAAGUGUUCUUUUGAAGUAUUUACAGUUUACAAAUUUACAAAGUACGAACGACAGUUGCAUACAAAGGCCCCAAUGAGAACCCCCUAAACUUUAGAGCCUAAAGCAAGCAUAAUCUACACACAUAAAAUAAAUAGUCGCCGAGCUCUGUGUAUGUGUUUAUAGAUACUUGUGAAAGCUUAUCCCUGGUAGCGUUACAAGUUUUGAAGCGCUUGACAGUGGUUUGCCGUUUAGCUAACAUAAAUCCGAAUUCAAUAACAUUUACGAACAGUAUUUUUUAAUGAACUAAAACUAAAUGAACUAAAAAAUAAAACAUAAAUUAAAGUCAACAGCGUAUACAAUAAAUUACAUUUAAAAAAUACAAAUAGAAGGACUUACCCAAAAGGUUGAACGCGCAUUUAAUUUUUCAAAAUAAUCCUAUAUCAACUUACACCCCUCUACUAGACACAAGAUUCGUUACUGAUAUAUUUUUGCAUACUCCCUUUUCGCAGUAUAUACUGUAUAUAAGAAAAGCUCUUAUAAUCUACCCACAUUAUCUCCUUUGUGAGCGUUUCGAUGUGACCAACUCUCUUAUCUGCAUAAGCAAUGUACACGACUAUAACAACCUGUCUAAUUAACUAUUCGACGACUUUUUGAGCAACAUAUUUUCCUGCAAUGUUUCCCAAUGCCUCUUUUAUAAAUCUUAAAUGUGCAUGUGUGAUCAAGAAACGAUCGAACUCCCGAUUAGGAUUUCACAUAGCAGACACCACUCGCAAACUGACAUGCAAAUUACAAAUACAUGAAUUUAUUAACGAAUCAAUGUGCUUAGUUUUUGUAUGAAACAAAGUCUGAUAUAUACACUAAUAUACAACGGUACAGUAUAAUAUUUCUAAACAUUUAAUUAUAAUUAUACAAGCGAUGAGAAAAUAUGUAAUGUUAAUACAUAUUACUAAAUAGCAAGUUAAGAACGCUUUGCGAUUAAGAAGUUUACAGCAGGUAUGUUUUCAAAGCUUUUUAAAGUGUAUUAAUGACCAACUGUGCUUAACCCCAAUUGUAUAGGAAAUUACAUUUAAAUGACCCUAUAACGAUCUCAAUUUUAUAAAAACUUAAAAUUCAUAAUACUUUCGAAUACAUACGUUGCGGAACUGUAAAUACCCAAAAAGGAAUUUACCAAUCUCGUAGUCAACUAUUCAGUAAAUGAAGCUGGUUAUAGUCAUAGGCUUUGGCAAACAGCCUACACCUCUUAUUAUUUAAAUAAAGGUAGACAAAAUAGGAAGAAACUAAAAUAACAAAUAAAGCCCUGAGGUACAGAGAGAUUUAUGUUAGCUAACAAAAAUGAAUAAUCAUUCGUCUUCAUGCAAGUACAACUUUCUUCAGCGACUCAAUAAAAUCAAUAAAGUAAAGAGCCUCACUUAUUACAUUACAAUUCAUUCAUUCGUUUCCAUAACUAAUCGAAAUUAUAUAACCCAAAACUAUAAUCAAUAUUGUGGACUAUUUGAUUUUAACAAUUAGUACGGCUUAUAGAGAUCGAUUGGGAGCCCCAAAACGCAAUAAGAUUUUAAAUAGUAAAUUAUUCGGUUAAUUGUUGCCAGAUUUAUUUUAUAAGAAUGGAUAGCAUUUAAAGUGUUAAACAUGAUUACCAAACCAAAGAGUUUAAAACCACAAUAUAGGCAACCAUAUAGUUGAGCAAAUUGAUUUUUAUAUAGUGAAUUGUUAAUUAUUGCAUAUAGCACGUAGAAUUUUUAACAAAAGCAAAAAGGAAUCAGAAGUUUUGGCGGAUGAGUUAUUUUAAGGUGGUCGCGACUUGCUUGCCGCCAUCGCUGCCCAACUUGAUUGAUUUUAGGAUUUUAACUUCAUACAUAACCAAGAAACAUCAAUGUUACUAAAGCUGUCGCCUUCGUUUUAAACACAAGUAAGACCCUAGAACCCCUAUUAGCUCUGCAAUCCGGUUUUUAAUUGGUUUAUCCCGAAAGCUUUAAUCGUUGAACGACCAGAAUUACACGGUUACAAAUUCUAUAAAUAUUCCUUAUAUACCAUAAAAUAGUAGGAGUUGGUGGAAGAUAUCAUGACACACUUCGGUUUAUUUGCGAGUUGUUGUGGCUUCAUAGGCGUAGUUAGUUAGCACUAGAUGUAAAACCUGGCGGAGAUUCGAGCGUUGUCAGUUGGUGGUGGAAGAAGGAAGUGGGGGCAGCGACUGCAGUGGCGUCGGUUAGUGGUUUGUGGUUUGCCGCUUGGAGCUGCUUUUCUGGGCCCGAUCUUGUUCGAUAUCUAUUUGUACUUGUACUUAGAACUCGUAAGCAUACACUAUGGAAUAUAUAUCACUGUGUCAUAUCGUACAUUUAAAGCAAAUAACGAAAACAGAUUGGAGCUGAACGAAGUAGCGGAAGAGAGAAAAUUUUUAACGCAAAGUAUUCAUGUAUCGAAGUAUGUAUACAACCUAAAUUAAUAGCAGUCGAGCAGAAACUACAUAAUAUAAAUAGAUAAAUACCAAACUAAACCAGAACUCGAUUGGCGCGAAACCAAGUACUACAAAUUGUACAUGCAUUUAAUCUAGAAUAGCUACAACUAACUAAACACUAAUUAUCUGAUACUGAAAACCAAACCAACUUUUAGCUGGCAAACGAAAAUGGCAAAUGAAUUGAUAAAUAUGCUAACACAUUAGACAUUAAAUUAGUUAUCAGUGAAUUAACAGAAACGAACUAAUUUAUUAAAAUGUAUUGCACAAUAUCGAACACUUAAACGUAUUAGAGAAAGUAACUAAGCCUACUACAGGUAAUAUGCAUACGAAUAGAAUCGGACACAUAGGCAAAGGUGGCAGGAUGCAGGAUGCAGAUUCAGAAUAUGUUCAAAACCUAAUCUCCAAGUGAAAUCGACCGGUUCCACGGCGGUACUUUCGGGUAGUGAGAUGGAAGAUCUGUUCUACUGCGAUUUGGAUGAUUUGGAUAGUGCAUACGCCUAAUUAUUUGUAAAGAAUAUGUGUGUUUAUGUAUGCAUUAAAUGUGCCUAUACUUUCCUUUAAUUUAAUGCAAAAAGACCCUUCCGCCCGCACCCGCAAUAUUUUUUUUUUUUUUCGCCCACUUUGAGAACCCUUUGACGCUUUACGGGGAUUUUUAUUAUGGUUUUUCGAGGUUUGUAAGGAAUGCAAUUAUGGAAAAGAUUUCUUCUGUCGAACUUAAUAAGUAAAUGGAGACCAAAUGCUCAGGGCUUUAGCAAGUUAUAGUAGGCGUAAUAUACAAAAAAAAAACAAAAAUCAAGGGGAGACCCACCUAAAAACUAAGUGCAACACAUCAUGAGCAUACUCCAUCAAACGUUAAGGCGAUACAUUUUAGUUGAAUCUUUAGAUCUGUCAUCACCAGCUUAAGCUGCAGGUGCAACUUAACAAUAGCAACAGCAGCCACAACAAGAACAAUCCAACAAACAAAUUUACAAAAUUCACGCAAUCAAUUUGUUGAAAAGACUGAAAACCAUAUAAAACAAAAGAAAGACAAAACAAAAGUAAACCAAGAACAUACAACUCCCUUUGCAUAGAGAUCGACAUCAAACCAAAAAUAUUCAUACUCUAAUAUUUUGAAGAAGAUCCCCAGUAUAAAAAGUCUCAGAGUUUUCCUUGUUUAUGCGGUCAAUUGAAAUGUUUUGGUGUAUUCCUUUUCCAGCGCGUCAUUGAACUUUAUCGAAGUAACUUAACAAAUCUUAAAGUAAUAGUAAAAUAUUAGCAAAAACAAUACAAAUAUUACCACCAGCAGUUUGCUACCUACUUAAUAUGCAAGUUUAAUAUAAAAAUGUAAUAAGAAAUAGUCUAACAAAUAGUUCAAAACUUUACGAAAUGAGAAAAGUUUUCAUGUAGAAUAAUAAACGAUGCCGGAUAGAUCUAUAGCAAAAAUAUCACACUCCUCCCAGGUCGUUGUGCAAAAUUAUAACUAAUUAUAUUUAAUACAUCAAACCGUUUUUAAAAACCCACCAUUAAAGGAAGCAUAAACGAACAAUGUUAAAAAAUCUACAUCCAAUUCAUUUUUUCGAAUCUUUCUUCCUUAUUUGGACCUCCUUUUAAUAUGGCAUAUGAACAAAACACAAACAAUUAAGCGUAAUGAACAAAAAUAUGUAUAUAUCUCAAUAUCUUAUUGCGGAUCUCCAUACCUUAAACGCAGACGCACGAAGAAGUUAAGCCACGUCGGAGCAAACCCUGAUCCAGCCAACUGACAGGAUCGCAAACAGCGAGGAUUCGUUAGAACGGAUAAUACUCUGAUUUACCACUGCCACAAAGAAGCAAACAAGUAAAUUGUAACGUUAAAAUAGAUAUAAAACACCCGGUACAUUAUAUAGAUACUUUGCUAUUGCGUAAAUGAAAUAAAAAAAGUAUCUUAUUUGACAAAGCCAUGGCGGAAGUUCACUGCAUAACGCAAAGGCGGACUGGCAUGCAGCGUCUGCGCGUAUGUGAUUGCCUAGAAAGCAAGUAAACUUAACAUUAUAAUUUAUUACAAACAAAUAACAAUAAUAAUUAUGCAUAACUACGGAAAGCAAAACGAAAUGCAAACUAAUACAUAAAUCGUUCCCUGCGUACGAAUAAAGCGAUGUUAAAUUAUUUAAUGAAAAUAUAUAUACAUAUAAAUAAAAUACUUGUUGAAUCAUUUAAACUUCA